AUGUUCGAUUUUGAUGGAUUGGACGAAGCGGGCAGCCCGACGUCCUCCGCUCCGCAGGCGGAGGACGCAGAGGACGACCAUCUCCAGGUGCGGUGGCAGCGUCUGGGCGUGGAACCGGCGCAGGUUCCCAGGCUCGACGGUAUCAGUGCAGAAGGAGCGCUGGAUGAGAUGGAGGCAUUGUCAUCCCUCCGGGCGAAGGAUCUGCAGCGCGAGUGCGAGCGCGCAGGAAUUCCAAUCCCUGCCGGUGCUGAGAAAGGGGAGCUGCUGAAGAACCUCCGCCAGGUCUUCGUUUGGAAGUGCCUGGACGUGAUCUCCCUCAAGGAUCUGGUUCAGAAACUUUGCGCUCGCGGCUGA